AUGGAGGGAAACCAGACGCUGAGCUUUCAGCCUUUGCCACGUUCCAUGGGUUGCAGCAACAGCCGCGAGAUUGAGAAGAUCCACGAGCAACUGGAUGCCGAAGAUGCUGCACGCAGUCCGGUGAGAACCCUCCAACGAGGGGCCAAGCCUCAGCCCGAAACCACUCCCCUUCCGGGUGAAGCAGUCGCAGGAAAGGAGGAUCCAAAAGACAAAGGAGAAGAGGCAGAGAUCUUUGAGGCUGAGGUGAAGAAAGAUGGUCCCAAGAAAGAGGAGGAUUGGGUGGAGCAGGAUCAAGUGCCCAAGAAAAAACGGAUGGAGGAAAUUGAGACUGCUCAGAUCAAGGAUCAGCUCGCGGAGGUUGGUGAUACCGUGGCGAUCGAAGAAGAUUCUAAACAAGGGAGUGAGACUGCCAAGGUUGAAGAGGAUCCAAAGCCAGAGAAGGAAAAUGAGACAGAACAGAUUGAAGAAGAGGUGCUUGCUGUGGAUUGGUUUGAGUCCGCACGCCUUGGCCAUGUUCCAACCAUGAAGCAGCACCUGAAAAAGGCCGAGGAUGACCAAGUAGAGCACUUUCUAGAUUCUGAAGCUGAGGAGCGCCAAACGGCGCUCCAUUUUACCGCGCAACGUGGUCACUUUGCGGCAUGUGAAUGGCUUCUGAGUAUGAAAGCAGAUGCCGGAGCCAUCACCAAGAAGAAGGCAACAGCGCUUCACAUGGCUGCCUCCUUUGGGCACCUGAAGGUGGUGGAGCUGCUGGUGGAUGACCCACAGCUUUGCAGCGUCGCUGCCGCCGAUCUGUGGCGCUGUACACCGCUGCACCGUGCGGCGGAGGGGGGGUUCAGUGACGUGGCGUUGGUGUUGUUGAAGAAAGCAGCGGAUCCACAGAAGGCGGACCGUGAUGGGAACUCUCCACUCCAUUUUGCUUCGACGUCAGGCUGCCAAGAAUUGGUGGAAGAGCUUCUAAAGCGCCAGGUGCCCCUGAACUUUGCGAACAACGAUGGCUUUUCUCCUCUAGACCUUUGUCUUCCAUUCCUGUGCAGCUAUGUCUUGAAGUCAGAUGAUCGGCUUGUGAAGAAGGAAAUUGUGGAUACUGACGAUCAAGAUCGUACCCCGCUUCUUGUGGCGGUGAGCAAUGGAAACAAAGAGGUCGUGAAGCGUUUGUUGGGUCAUCCACUUGGAGCAGCUCAUUUGGAGCGACAUAGCUCUUGCGGCCUGGCACCCUUGCAUGAAGCAGCGCGCUCAGGGCAACUGUCCAUGUUACAGAUGCUUCUAGAGCACAAGGCUCAUGUGGAGCACGUGGACGCACAAGGCAGUUCUGCCCUCUUUCAUGCAGCCAUGGCGAAUCAGCUUGAGGUGGCCAAUUGGCGCUGGAACGAGCGUUUCAAGGACGCCAGGGGGGAUGGGUGCACCGCUUGGUUGGCCGCCUGUGGUCAUGGCCACCGACGUUGUGCAGAACACCUGCGCAGCGCUGCUGGGGCCAAAGGCCUGAAUUUGGGAGGAAUGAAGGACCGCACAGGGCGCAAGGCGAUGAUUCUGGCCGCCAGAGGUGGACAUUUAGAGCUCUGCAAAUGGCUUUUGGACAUUGGCCUUGGGCAGGUGAGUGAACGUGACAGCUGUCAAUGGACCCCACUCCAUGCGGGGGCUGCUGAAGGACACCGUGAUUUGGUGGAGUGGCUGCUGAAGCAGGGUGCUGAUGCCAGCGCUUUGGAUGAGGACGGCCACACACCGCACAGCUUGGCACGGCGCCGAGGAUUUGCACCGGUGGAGGCGCUCCUGCGCCGCCACAUGGCACAAGUUUCUGUCCAGACUCUGGGAGUACAUAAUCAGCGCCGCUGGAAGGUUCGUGUGGAGCUGAAUCUGGCAGAGAGGACCAGCCCUCCUGACUUCAGUCCUGAGGCGUGUGGCGCCUUCUUCUUUACACCAAAGAAGACCUCCUUCCGCGCAGAUGCGCCGGUCUUUGUUCCGCGUGACAUGUCCGCAGAGUUCGAGACCCCGACGAAGGAGGCGCCCGACAGCUUUGUGGCAGUGCGAUCCAGGAUGCUGCGUAUGCGGCAGCUGCUCGAGGAUGAAUCGAAGUGCCAAGGACAUGGGCAGGGCCCAGAGCUGAAGCUCCUGAAGACCGCCAAGCGUUCUCAGGUGAAUGGCUAUGACCUGCAUGGGGCAGGUGAGUCCGCCACGUUUCCUCUGCGGCAGGAGCCCUACCAUCCAGGCUUUCAGCAGCCGCAGAAGGUGCCACUGAUCCCCGGGCCUCAGCCACCCCGUGAGGGGCCCUUGAAUCAGCUGUCACCUUUCGGCAAAGAGAGCCGAAGCCGAUAA